UUUUAUUUGUCAACAAACAUCUUCGACAUGAAUGAAGAAAUCGACGAGAGUGAGUUUUACACGCAGGACUUCACCACCGCCUCCGAAUGGGAAAUAUUCAUCGCGCGCAUCGAAGAAGUGGUGAACCUGUGGAAGACCACCGUGGACGACAAGCCCGACGAGGUGGAUGACACCUGUAUAUGGAACGUAAAAUCGGAAAAAAUCACUUUCGCAGAUUUCGAUUUCACCUUUUUCCUCUAUCGUAAGAAGGAUUUGGAGGAGGACUCGUCGGAGGACAGCGGGAAAAAAGAACAAAAAAUCCCCAUAGACAACAACUUCGACUUCGCCUUCUACAACCAGAACGACGUGACGAACGAGUCGUGCAUUUCGACGUGGUACGGCCUGGACGAGUUCAUGGUACUGACGCCCACGAGGAACGUCGGCAUUAACUCGGAGAGUCGCAUUAAAAUACUGUUGAGUUCCGUUUACGUGGUGGCCAGCAACUUGAACACGGACGUGCCCAUUUUCGUGCAGAUCCGCGACAAGUGGCAGAAAUGUUUUCUGGGCGUUUACGAGGGCGACGGCGUGCGUACCAACUUCGAAAUGGUGCAUCUCAGAAGGGGACCGCCACACUGUCAGUAUCUUACUGGACUCCUGGAUUUGUUCAAGACCAAAAUCAUGUCGCCCUGUACGUUGGAUCCGAUCACCGUUUCGUUGCAACUCACUUUCGUGCUGACCGACUUCGGGAAUUUCGUCUGGAAGCAGGACAACAUCGAGUCCUUGGACAUGGACAACAUACACACAUUGCCUUUCGGCGUCACGGUUGAGCCAAUAAAAUCCAUCACAUUGAAGACUACUUGGAAACACGUACCGGACCAUUUGGUGGUCGACAGCGAAAGCUAUUCGGAUUUUGACCCGCACAGGGCACCGCUUUGGUCCUGUUUGGUGCAGAUGACUCAGGAACCGCUUUGCCUAUUGGCCGACUGCCUGACCGAGUUCUAUCAACUUCUAAGCAACCUAAAUAACGUUUAUGACGUACUGGGGGAUUACGCUUCGGCACCACAAAACGAUGCCAACAACCCUUUGGAUGUUUUAACUGAACCAGCAGUGCCCACCAUUUCUACAUUAUUAAAUCGUGCAGCCAGAUCCACCGUCAAUAAAAACCGCAAGGGUAUUCCCCCAAUUCCUGAGAGUGAAUUGGUGCCUUUACUGUACUUUUUGUUCCCUGACGCCGAUGAAUCUAAGACGUAUCCUUAUCAACUGGACGGUAAUGAUACGGAUAAAACCCCUCCAAAAUCGUCUUGCAUAAAUUUGAUGGAGGAAUGUAAGGGAUUCAAGACCUGCGUCACCGACUCGUUGGUCUGGAGGCUGUCGAUAGUUUUGUCACACGCUCUCCAGUCGUUGGGUGGCUUAAAGGCGUUCGCCCACAUUUGGUACGAGUUCGUGCAAGAAAUGAGAUACAGAUGGGAAAGGUGCAUGCCGAUUCCUGGAUUGGCUCCCGGAUAUCCGGACCUGAGGACGUGCUUGCUCAACCAGAAGUUGCAGAUGUUGAACUGCUGCAUCGACAGGAAGAUGUCGAGGGAGGCGCAACGUACGUCGAACGCCUUCGAGGACGCCGAGGACUCGUCGGCCGACGAGGAGUUCUACGAGUGCGACGAAGAGGUGGAAAACACCAAGAAGUACUCCCUGUGGAACCAACCGGUGGGACGGCUGGGCAAAUUCAGUGACCUGAAGCUGCUGAAAACCGGCGACCCUCUAUACAUUCCCCACACGCAAGAUCCGGUGAUGAAAACUGAAGACCAGUUGGAGGAGGACACCGAAAUACUUCUUCAGUUGGGAUCCAACGAGGAGGCAUCAGAAUUGAGGGCCAGGAUAAUGAGUGCUUCGCUGUUGUCCGACAUGGAGUCGUUCAAGGCCGCCAAUCCCGGUGCAAUACUCGAGGACUUCAUUAGGUGGUACUCCCCAAGAGACUGGAUAGAGGACGACAACGAGGUAGAUGAAUACGGACAAAAGAAAGGCCAGUUGAGUCCCAGGAUGUUGAUAGAGGAGAACAACAUCUGGGCGCAGAUGUGGAAGUCGGCGAAGCCGGUGCCGGCCCACAGACAGAAACGUCUGUUCGACGACACCCGAGAGGGCGAGAAGGUGCUGCAGUUCCUAGACUUCAGAAACUUCUCGCAGAUCUGCGAGCUCAUAAUACCAGUUUUGGCACACACUGUGAUCCACAAGGUAGUAGAUGAGUACGACGCAGUGGACGUCAACUUGGAGGUUGGCACUCAAAAGGUUACAAACCUUGUGAAACAGGCUGAAAGGAUUUCGAGGGACCACAAGUUUCAGCCUAGACGAUUCGACGCCUUCAUACAAGACGUUCAGUCGUUCGAACUGCUCAUAUCACAAAUUAGCUCGCUGCAGUACAAAUUUAACCCCGCAGGUGGCAUGGAGAGAAGCGUCAACGAUGCGGUGGGAAGUCUGGUGCUGGGGGAUGAAAUCGAACUGGAGGACAAGUCCAAUUCGAUCAUCGGAGGAAGACUGUUGUCGAUGUUUGGGGAAGCUCAAAAGCUAGCGAAUUUAGUAACGGAGAGCAAUGACAGGCAACCCUCGAAUUGUUUGCCUCCACCUUAUCAAAGAGAAUUUGUACUGAGGGUGUCGGCGGUUAAGCCCGCCUCGUACUCAGCGAAAAGUCCUCAGUUUUUGAGGGCUGUAUUGAAUAAAAAUGAGUUUAGAUUGGCCGGUGCAUUUACUGAAGAUACUGUGUUCUUUUAAAUUGUUAUAUUGUUCUCGUCUUUUUUAUAUAAGCUUAUAAACCCACACUAAUAUAUUAAUAAAUUAUUAUCCAAUUGUA